UGCUGAUGCUGCUGAGUCUGGCCCUGUGCUGCAUCUCCAAAUGACAGAGAUGCCUGAAACUGGAAGGCAGUCUCAUGGGAAGAUGGACAGUUUCCCUGGAGGAAACACAUCAGGUUUAUGCGUUAUGUCAUAAAAGGCAAGCACGAUGGAGAAGUCAGAGGAAGAGAGCGCAGGUCCGAGGGCGAUGCCAGUCAAGGCUCGGCGUCUGAUUGGCUGCUGUGUGCUCCUUCUCUUGGCAUUGAUGCUUGUCUCCAUAGCGACUACAAGCACACCUGUGUCAGAGAAACUCCCAUCUAGUUUAUCCAAACGGGACUUUGGUUUCUUCGUGGCGCACGCAGGAUUACAACAAUCACCAUUAUCCUUAUCGCAAUACUCGGAAAACACCCGACGCAAAGCUCAUACAUCAUCAGCUGCCAAGCAUCCUGCACAAGAUGUUCACCAUGACAACGCAUCCAGCAUCGCUCCCACCCCAUCCCUAGGUGCCGAUGGUGGGUCAGGUAACCUAGGUGAUAGCGCACAUGGCAUUCACCUGCUGCUACGCCCACCGGACCUUCUUACACCAAGUCAGAUGCCCCCUAUUCAUGGCCACAGCCCACCUACACCGGCUCCUCCUACUUUGCUUACACAUGAUGACCUGGACUCUGCUCAGUCUACAGAAGUGGACUGGGGGUCAGGGGAUUACCUCGAAACAUUGACCUUCAUGGGAUCUGAUGGGGAGGACUUUUCCUUGGUCACCACCCUUCCCACACAUGGAUAUGACUUAUAUGAAUCUGAGGACGACAACACUGGGGUUCGCUACAACACCGACUUCCCAUCUCGGCCCGUUCCCACCCUCUCUUCUAGGCAUCUCCUCCCAAGUAUAACUGUUGGAUAUGGAUCUAGCCUAAGGACUGUCCAUCCCUCUGAUCCCCGCAUACCCCAUGUCCCGGAUACUGCCCAGGAUGAUCUGGAUUUUGACUGGGCAGAUCUGUACCCUAUUGAGCCCACUGAAAUGCUGCUUCCAGAUAUGAAUAGUAUGGAGUACUACAACACGCUGCUGGCCAAAGAGAAUGCUAGUGCUGCUCGUAACCAGACACAUUUGACUACCCCUCAAAUUACUCCUACAUUGACCCUCACACAACCUACAGGUUCCACACACACACUUGCCCCUUCUCUGGGUGUGGGCCAUAGGACAGUAACAGACCAUGUUAAUACACAUCACCCCAUACCUGGAGUUACCCCCACUCCUCCACGAAAACCUACGAAACUCCCUAGUCCUCCUACAGAGCAACGACAGCCUCCUGGCUUACCUUCUUACCCAGAAAAGGGAUCUCCUCAUCCAGAUUUCCCAGACACUAAAGCAGGUAGUGAGCAACCUGUAGGUCCAUCAGUUAUCCCACAGGGUCCAGUCAUCCAGGCUGUAACAGUUAAAGUCCCUACUGCUCAAAAACCUCAGGCACCAACAAGAGCAACGACUACAACAACAACUACGACCACCAUGCUCACCAAACCAAUACCUCCUGCCCCCAGAAUCCCUCUUUCCAUUGCACCCCGACAGUAUGUCUGCAAUAUCACCAAGCAAGAUAUGUACCUGGUCAGAGUGGGCAUGCCAAGUUCUACCUCUGUGGCGUUCGCAAAGGCUCAUGUGAAGGAGAUUUUGAGACGAGAGUUCAACCGGACGGUAGAGCUGCAGGUCCUUAAAGCUCCCCCCAAUUUUGUUUUCCGGGCUGUGUCAGGCCCACUCAUAUACACUGCUGUGUCAAUCAUCAACGCUCUCCGCCAGUCAGCACACAGCACCUCGUCCUCUACUAUCCUUACUGUUACACCUAUUUAUCCCGUACCUGAGCACAUCAAUCAGGUCCACUCAAUUUUGCAGUUUGUCCCGAGCCACGUAGACGUGCGCGUGUGCAGCUUCAGUGAGCGUGUGGAGCGGGGACUCUUCUUGGCCUACACAGAAGUGCGCAGGCGCCUGCAGGAAAAUGGAAACUUCACUGUACAUAUUUUGAACAUCACCAUCAGUUUAACGAAAGGACAGAAGCAGCAGAAAACUCCGGUGGACAUCACGUUCGCUAUUCGUGAUUCUCAUGGCUAUCUCAGGGGCUCAGAGAUCAGCGCUCACCUGAGACAGCUGCAUGUGGUGGAGUUCAGCUUCUACCUGGGCUUUCCUGCAGUGCAGAUCGCAGAGCCUUUUCAUUAUCCAGAGCUGAAUGUAUCCCAUCAUUUGCGAUCGUCCUGGGUGAAGACAGUGUUACUGGGUGUGUUAGAUCAGCGUGUAAGUGAGAGGACGUUCCAGGCUAAAAUGGAGAGACGAUUGGCCGUGCUGGUGGGGGAGGUGCUCGGGCUCGGUGGUGGGCGACGCUGGAGACGGGCCACAAUUGUGGGCAACAGCAGCGUGCAGAUUGUGCGUGCGUCACGCCUUGACGGGGCAGAUAACCCUCUAGAGCUUGUGUAUUUUGUGGAGGCGGGGUCAGGAGAGAGGCUCUCGGCUCAGACCACUGCUGCCAUGCUGAACAGACUUAACCUGCAGAGGGCAGCCAUUGUGUUGGGCUACCGUGUGCAUGGAAUUCUGGCUACACCGGUGGAGAAGUUAUCCCUGGCCCCCUCUGAGACACAGCCCAGUAAUGUGUGGCUGAUCAUUGGGGUGGUGGUUCCCGGGGUGGUGGUCCUUAUCAUCAUCAUCAUCCUCUACUGGAAACUGUGCCGUUCUGAGAAACUGGAGUUCCAACCAGACGCCAUGAGCACCAUCCAACAGAGACAGAAGGUCUGGGUCGAACCAUUUCACAGUCUUCAGGCUCCAAGUGUGAAAGGCUUUGACUUUGCCAAGCUCCACCUUGGACAACAAAGUAAAGAUGACAUCAUGGUGAUCCAAGAACCCUCCCCUCUUCCACCGUCUGUUAAAGAAGCCACGCCCUCCGAAGGCGGAGAACUGAACACGCCCAAAUCCAAAAGCUCAUCCACCAAAGUGUCACGUGCGGCUCGGAGGAGGAGCCGGUUGUCUCCAUCUGAUGGUGAUUCGUUGGCUAGCGAGGCGUCCAGUGGCCGAGAAUCAGCCGAGGAGAGCACCAGACCUGCAGUCACACCCAGCGACAGCAAACCUCAUCAUCGCAAGAGCAAGCAUGCGAAGAACAAACUCGGUGCGACAUCAGGUAGCGGAGCUGAUGAACAGUUAUCUUCCUCGUCCAUAUUUGACCAUGUGGAUCGUCUGUCUCGAGGUUCGUCUGACGGAACACGCCGCGUCUCCAAUAAAGUCCAGUUAAUCGCCAUGCAGCCGGUCCCGAGCCCGCCCACUCAUCCGCAUAACCAAGCCCUAAGCCCCGCCCUCAGUGAGAGGAUGGCGGAUGGAGGCAAGGUUAGCUCGGAGAUUCAAGUUGCUCUCAGGCACAAGUCUGAGAUCGAGCACCACCGCAAUAAGAUACGACUGCGGGCCAAGAGAAAAGGACACUACGAGUUUCCGUCCAUGGAGGACAUUAUAGCGGUGUUUGGGGACAGCUCGGAGCAGCAGCGGGUGUACCAGCAAGCCCAGGAGCAAAUACACAAGAUUCUGCAUCCUGAUACACAAACGCCUUCGCCAAAUGGGGAACCUCACAGGGGCUGCCGAGGCAGACGAUCUCCUAGACAGCGUCAGAAGCAGAAUUUGAGUACAAACAGCAGCCUGACUGAUAAAGACCGUCUGAUAACCGAGGGCGAUGCCACGUACAGGAAGUACCCCGGAGUCAACAAUGUGGCCUACCUGUCGGAUGCAGAUCAGCUUCCCGAUGUCGGCAGCCCGUCUCCGACCGAUGAGGUAUUUGUUGACCCCGGGUCUCCGCCUCCUGGUCCCGCCCCUGUUCCACCCACUUAUAUUCCACCUCAGCCGACCAUUGAAGAGGCACGUCAGCAAAUGCACUCCCUGCUAGAUGAUGCAUUUGCGCUGGUCUCACCCUCCUCACAGAGUAGCUCUGCCCCAUUAAACCACCCCGGGGUUACGGCGAUUCCUGGAGUGGAAGGGGUCAGUCCUGGUCCGCCCUCCAGUCCGCCCCCGCGUUCUGUCCGCCAGUGGGGCUCAUCGUCCUACCCAGCUGCCCCUGCGCACAGUCCCUUCUCAGCAAGGUAUGCUGAAUUAGGAAUGUCCCCUACAUCUGUGCAAAACUUACUGCACAGGCAAACGCUGGGAUCUGGAUAUCUGGCGUCAGGAGAGCUACAGUCCGAUCCAGGUUACUCAAACAGGGGGCAGUACGGAGACGAUAUCCCAUCAUCCUCCCGGCCACGACCUGUAGGGGGCAGCACAGGUGCACAGUUACAUCAGCUAACACAGGUAGGCUUGUCCAGUCGAAUCGCUAUGUAUCCUGGAGUGGGACGCAGUGUAUCCGGACCCUCGGGAUCCAGCUGGGCCCAGUACCGGUCAGAGGAAGAGGUCUCCAGACCUGGAAACAAUCGAGAUGCUCAGAUCCUGUUGUUCCCUGAGUACUCAUCAUCUCCCGUGUUCCAGAUGCCCAGGUCGUCCCUGAGAGAUCCUCCCACGCCCACAGCAGGCUACAGCGGCCCGGAGGAAGCCUCUCCACCCGUGCAGUCCUCGGCCUCGCUGAUAAAGGCCAUCAGGGAGGAGCUGCAAAGACUCUCCCAGAAACAACCAGCUAUGGCCGUCUACCACAGCUGAGAAACACCGUACCGAACCCAACUAGCUGGUUUUAAACAUGCUACCUAAUCCCUCAGUGAAUAUACACACACCAGAGCCAAGGUUUGUUCGAACCCUAUUUCUAUCCAUAUACAGCAGGCUGGACUGAACAGAUACACGAGAAGAGAAAUCCAACUGCUAAGGUAAAGUACAUGGACCAUUUGGAUUAACCUGAGGGGGGAAAAAAACCCAGCAAAACAUCACUAACUUAAAAUACAACAAGUCACCUCGCCCACGAAUAUCCAAUAGAAACUCUUCUCUCCUAAAAUGCAUGCUAUUUCAAAUAGUGAAACAGAAAACUAAGACUUGUUUGUGUUUUUAUUUUAGUUAUUUUUAUUUUUUUUUUUAAAUCCAGCGUGAAAUCCCUAUCCUCUCCUCAGUGCCAUUUCUACAUGUCCGUCAAAGUGCUUCCUUCAGAAGGGUCAUCGUCCAACCCCUCGACUUCCUCUGGUGCUAAAUCUCAUUCCUCUUUGCCACCGACCCCACCCCAGCAGUCAAGCAGUGGUCACAAGCGGCUCUUCCUUUAAAUCUACAGUACAUCUUUGUGCAGAAUAAAAAGAUCACGUCUUGAUUAAGCCUGCUAUCAUGUCUGUACGCUUCAAAAAGGGGAAAGAAAUAGUUCUGUAUACUCGACACAAAAAAAGGAUGUCAGCCAUUGUGUUUUUGGGGAAGAGGGUUUUGAAAGGAUGUGAGCCAGGCUGAUGGCAUGACAUCAAACAGAACAACUGGAGAAUGGUGGCUGUGAACAAAGCGCACUAUAUUUGGAUCUAACAGCAGACAAAGAGCGAGAGGUACAGGAGAUCUAUUCGUGAAAUAACUCACGGACACUUUAUUCCAACAAUUUAAGCUGCUAUAAUCUUACACUUAGUCUUUUUCAGCUUCAGAGAAUUAGUUCUGAAACCGUUAAUUGGACCGGUAGACCAUGAUUAAAAGUCGAUUUCAGGUGUGUUACUGCGGCGGUAUACUUUAAAUAGCUGAUCACAAAUGAACAGUUGAGGAACAUGCAAAAAAAUAACAUCUUAGCAAGUGAAAUAUUUUUAAAUCUAGCCAAAU